AUGUUUGAUGGAUCGAAAUUAGAACUCUCGUCAUUCUGGAUCCUAGCAAAUAAUGUUGGUUCCACUGCAAGACGAUUCAUGGUUGGUUCAUCGAAGGUAAUAUCAUUGCUGUCUUCAUCUGAGAAUUACAUACGAGGCAUUGCGAUUAGUCCUGAGAGCUGUCUUUAUAACGUUUAUCAUUAA